GAGAGCUAACCGGGGCUAACCAGCUAACGCUAAUCCUCUUGGCAACGCAGUUGAGAUCUCUCUGGCUUUUCCAACAUCCUCACCAUUUUGCAUGAUAUGUCAUAUGAACACAUAACGCAUCGUCAGUAGCAGGAGCGAGACGACUAUUAACGGGCUAAACACGCUGAAUGCGUUGGGCGGCGUUGCUUCGUCUCGGAAUGCUAGCACAUAAACUAGCCAGCUAGCUAGCUAGCCAGAGACUGCUUGAGAAGUCGAGGUGCUCGGUCCGGAUGCUUUGACCGACGCUGUGGCGGAUUUUGGGGGUGAUUAUACAAUCUGUUUCGGAUAAUGUCAAGUAACCGGCCACAGCAAAGUGCUGCUGGUGCGAAUUCGGUGCCCGGCACAAGUACCAGCAGCACUGGAAGCCCCACGAAUACAAAUGGCAACGGGAGUAAUGCGACCGGUAAUGGGAACAAUGCUGGAAAUGUUGUGCCCUCUCGGACGUUGGCAGCAGCUGGAGAUGGGGGCUUGACCGCCAUGCAGUCGUCCAGGGGCGGGUUCGCUUCGCUGAGCAGACCCGCCGCGUCGGCUAUUAGAAAGAGAUCCCUCCAUCAGGCACCCCUCUACAACGGCCUCUUGAAUUCCUACGAGGAUAAAAGCAAUGAUUUUGUAUGUCCCAUUUGCUUCGAGAUGAUUGAAGAGGCGCACAUGACCAAAUGUGGGCACAGUUUCUGCUUUAAGUGCAUCCGUCAGAGCCUGGAGGACAGCAACAGAUGCCCCAAGUGUAACUAUAUUGUUGACAAUGUGGAUCAGCUUUAUCCAAACUUUCUUGUGAACGAACUUAUCCUGAAACAGAAACAGAGGUUGGAGGAGAAGAGAUUGAAGAUGGACCGUCCCAAUGAGUCCAGGUGGCAGGUGUUUCAGGAUGUGUUGAGUCCGGACCAAGAGAACUUGGACCUUGCCAAUGUUAACCUGAUGCUGGAGCUCCUGGUACAGAAGAAGAAACAGCUGGAGGCGGAAUCUCAAGCAGCCCAGAGACAAAUCCUCAUGGAGUUCCUGAAAGAGGCCAGGAGGAACAAGAGAGAGCAACUGGAGCAGCUGCAGAAAGAGCUCAACUUCCUUGAGGAGGACAUUAAGCGUGUUGAGGAAAUGAGUGGGCUGUACUCACCUUUGACGGAGGCAGAGUGUACAGUGCCUAAUGUUGAGGCACCUUCACCUGCACCCAGCAGCAGUAGUAUAAUGGACCCACCAGAGUACAACCAGCCUACAGGUUUUGGUGGAGCGGCCCAGGGCAAAAGACAAACAUGGUAUAACAGCACCCUGGCAUCAAGGAGGAAGAGGCUGACAGCUCAUUUUGAUGAUCUGGAACAGUGCUACUUCUCCAAUAAAAUGUCCCGCAUUACAGAAGAGGGCAGGAGCUUGAACCAACUCGAUGACUUCAUGGAGUGCUUGUCCAAGUUUACCCGCUACAACUCCGUACGGCCACUGGCAACACUUUCCUAUGCCAGCGACCUUUAUAAUGGCUCCAGUAUUGUCUCCAGGUACACCUCACACUUGAACACCAAAAGCUCAAUUUGCAAACAGGGCCUGCACGGCUUGAGGCUGGAGAUCGAGAUGGAGAAGGAGGUGGAGGAGGUGGAGGAGGAGGCCACCGGCAGUUAUGGCAGGGGCCCCUAG